UCAAAGUAUCUACAUUUGUUUGUUACAAUCAUUCAGUCAUAUUUUUUAUUUCUAUUGUUUGCUUUGUGCUUUGUCUAAAUAAUUGAUAAUAAAUUGACAUCGUAAGAUCAUAAGAUGAUAUUAUCAAGUGAAAUCAAAUAAACGUAAAAGGAUUUUGUGAUUUUUUCUGUAAAAAUGUUGCUACCUCUUAACCAGCUACUUUUCAAAGAUAUUGCCAAACGCUAUAUAACAUACUCAUGGACCCAUUUUUCAACAUCAUCUUCUGCUUCAUCGUCUACAGUCAAACCAAGAUUUCUUCAGGAUUCAUUUGGUCGUAAACAUGACUACUUGCGAAUCAGUCUUACUGAAAGAUGUAACUUGAGGUGUUCAUAUUGUAUGCCUGAAAAUGGAGUAAUUUUAUCACCAAAGGAAUCUUUGCUGCAGAGAGAUGAAAUUAUCCGGCUUGCUAAGUUAUUUGUUAACUCGCUCGGUGUCAAGAAAAUCAAAUUAACUGGAGGUGAGCCGUUAGUCAGGUCAGACUGUAUUCAAAUUGUUGCUGAUCUAACUGCUCUAAAAGCUUCUGGUUUGUUAAAUAUUGGCAUAACCACUAAUGGUCUUGUUCUUGGUCGUUCAAUUAAAAAGCUUGUUGAAUCAGGACUUGACUCUGUAAACAUAUCUCUUGACACUUUGAGACCGGAAAAGUUUGAAUUUAUCACUCGUAGGAAAGGUUUCAGUGCUGUUU